GCCAGCCGUGGAAUUGACAAGUGGUUAUGAAGAACCGUGUGAGUGGCGCACUGGAUUGGGAGGGGAGCUACAACAUCGAGCGGAAGAAUGGCUUAUCAUACUGGAGGAGGGCUGCAAGCAGCUGCGGACGAUAGUUGGGGCGCUUACGAGGCAGCAUCAGGAGGGGGAGGAGAUGGACGGGGGGGCCAUCUCUAUGGAUCAGUGGUUGGAAGACAGGACCCAGGAGAUGCUUGACAUCAUGUGGGAGCUGGAGGAGGGGUCAGAUCCCCGGCUUGACGCCUACAUGGACUGGAGGCGGGCGGAGGACAGGAUGGGUGCUUGCAAAGCCCUCUUUACAACGGGACACAAUAUUUGUAAUCAGCUGGAGAUCCGAAAAGGAAAGGGCGAGAUGGGCAACAAGGGCGACUGGGACGUCUGGGUGGAGGGAGGAGUGGAGGCUGGCGAAGAGAAUUGCGGCGACAAUACUGACAACAGCAACAACAACAACAACAACAACAACAUCAACAAUAACGGCGUCGACGGAGGCAGCGACGAACACGGCAGUAGCGGGGUAGAGAGCGGUGUCCGUGCAUCCGAGGCCAUCAUUAGCACAAUGGGAGGGAUGCUGCAAGCGGACGUGGUGGGGAUUGGGGCUGACAUGGAUAAGGGGUUUGCUAUCUUCCCCCUCCUCAAUGAUAACGACGGCGACCACAACAACAACAACAACAACAACAACAACAACAACAACAACAACAACGACGCCGAUGACGGCGGGGGCGACGUCCACGGCAGCAGCAUGAUGGGAGUGACACCGCAGGCGGACGCGGUGGGGACGGGGGUUGAUAUGGGAGAGUGGUUUUCUGUCCUCCCCCUCUUUAGCCUUGUUAUGGAAUUGCUUUGCCGUUGUUUGCCAGAGGAUAGGAGUAGGAUAGUCAGUGAUGAUUGGUGUUGCCCGGCCCGCAAUAUCAAUCAACACUGGGGUGCUGAUCGCCGCGUUAGUCGGUACGUGGGCUGUUUAGGGAUUAGGGUGCAGGAGGUCAAUCCUUCCCUUGUGCAGGGAAGUAAUCAAUGCCCCUGGCAGUUUCAUAAGAUAAUGCAUAAUGGAUGGAGCUUCGUGUUUAGGCUUGAUUGAUAAACACCACAUACAACACAUCAUUGUUAGGGUUUCGCGGUUAGAAUGUUUGAUACAGAAUACACACAUCAUAGUCUUGUUAGGGUUUCAUUUGUACGGUAAUAGCGAGUGACAAUCAUACACAAACAUAUACAAACAUAUACAGACAGUUAUAGGAUGCUUGGAAGGAAUAUACAUUCAUCACUGUAUAGGGACGCUGGACCCGUUUUCCAGCUCAUACUCAUCACAUCAUUGUACAGGGACGCUGGACCCGAUUUCCAGCAGGUGCAGCUCCCCACCAAUAG